AUUCACACACAUUUUCCUUUUUUGUUGUUAAAAUAUUCACACAGAUUUUCCUCCACAGAGUGAGAGAGAGAGAAAGAUGCCGAUUAGCCGGAGAGUUCUGACGCCGGUCACAGCCGUUCCGGUUAUCUUAGCCGUCCUUUGCUUCUUCUUCUGGUCAUCAAUCAUCGGGCCGGAAAAUAUAAAGGGCACGAAACACGUCCUUCAAGAUGCUAAGACCAUUCCUCUUCCCGCCGAUGGACCAGAGAGCUUAGAGUUCGAUCCACAAGGUGAAGGACCUUACGUUGGCGUCACCGACGGUCGCAUUCUCAAAUGGCGCGGUGAAGAACUCGGCUGGGUCGAUUUCGCCUACACUUCUCCUCACAGAGAUAACUGUUCGAGGCAUGAGGUAGUACCAAGUUGUGGAAGGCCAUUGGGACUUACUUUCGAGAAGAAAACGGGAGAUUUGUACAUAUGUGAUGGUUACUUUGGACUCAUGAAGGUCGGACCAGAGGGAGGCUUGGCCGAGUUAGUUGUUGAUGAAGCCGAAGGUCGUAAAGUUAUGUUUGCCAACCAAGGAGAUAUAGAUGAAGAGGAAGAUAUAUUCUACUUCAAUGAUAGCAGCGAUACAUACCAUUUCAGGGAAGUAUUUUACGUGUCUAUGUCCGGGACAAAGGUUGGAAGAGUAAUUAGAUACGAUAUGAAGAAGAAAGAGGCCAAAGUUAUUAUGGACAAACUUCGUUUACCAAAUGGUCUAGCUCUAAGCAAAAACGGAUCGUUUGUAGUCACAUGCGAGAGCAGUACGAACAUUUGCCAUAGAAUAUGGGUCAAAGGUCCCAAAUCCGGAACCAACGAGGUUUUCGCAACGCUCCCUGGUUCCCCUGACAAUAUCCGGCGUACGCCAACGGGCGAUUUCUGGGUGGCAUUACAUUGCAAAAAGAAUUUGUUCACUCGUGCGGUUCUGAUUCACACUUCGGUCGGAAGGUUUUUAAUGAAUACGAUGAAGAUGGAGACUGUAAUCCAUUUCAUGAACGGAGGAAAACCUCAUGGAAUUGUCGUGAAACUCUCUGGAGAGACGGGAGAGAUUCUUGAGAUACUUGAGGACAGUGAAGGGAAGACGGUGAAGUAUGCUAGUGAGGCUUAUGAGACAGAAGAUGGAAAGUUAUGGAUCGGGUCCGUGUAUUGGCCGGCCGUUUGGGUUUAUGAUGCAGCGUAGAAUUAGGAUAAUUCCUAAUUAUU